UCGUAGCAGCUUAGCAAAGGCAGACACUGGUCACACUUUCUUGCUCCUAAAUUUUAGUACUGACAAAUCGCUUAAAAUCAAAAUGGCUUCUACUGGAAAGAUGUUUGGUCUUUUUUGUCUUCUGUUUGUUUUCUGUAUUAUGGCCGAGGCAAGGCAAGGGUUAAACGUACCACAGAAGCAGACCAUGGGUGACACGACCCCCACAACCCAGAUGAACACAACCACUACAGAUGACGACGACAGUGUGAGUUCCGAAUCUACCGAAUCAUCCGAGGACGACAUGGACAACGAUGCGGACGAGGACAUUGCCGCCGCGGCUACCGGUAACAACGCCGCAGCUACCGGUAACAACGCUGCGGCUACCGGUAAUAACGCCGCGGCUGCUCCUGCUGGUGCACCGGUCUCGGUCGGUAGUGGAAACCAAGUAGCCGGGAAUAUGCUCCCCAACACCAGAGCUCGAGGGCACAAUGGCGUAUUCGGCAGGGAGUCAGCGGCUUCAGGACAGACCGUUGCAAUCGCUCUUGCCGCGGUUGGAGUAGUCGCUGUCGUCAUUGCUGGGGCUGUCUUUGCAAUAAGGAAGCACAGAAGAGAUAAUUUUGCUUAAUCGUAUAUUUCAUUGCCUAAUCUUAUGCCACAGGCACAGUUACAGCGGCGAAACCGACCCCAGACAGACGAAUGCAGUUACGUUAUUUCCAAUGCACAACAUUUGUCGGAUUUGGAGUCAGUUUCGUUGGUGUAACUGUAGCGUUGUCAUACUCAUGAAAAAUCCUCGUGAAACAACUAUCAGUAAAAAAAUAAAUAAAAAAUAAAGUGAAGAACUUUUUUUAAAAAUAAUUCUAAGAUUGCUUUACUUUGUCAAAUUUGUCAAAUACAAAUGCCUAUACGUGUAAUUAUUUCGAAUGAAAUGUCAGCUCUAAUGUCAAUCAAUAUAAUAUUUAUAUUGCGAUGAUGAUUUUCCUAUAACUUGUAUGUGUAGCAGACACAAAAUGGUGUUCUAUGGUUUUACUAUUUUGCUUUACAUGCUCUAA